AUGACUGGAAGAGCUAGAGCUAGAGCGAGAGGAAGAGCUCGUGGCCAGCAAAUUUCUGUACCUCCUGUAGGAGCAGCUUCUCAGCCACCUAGCUAUGUGCAACCUAGACCUCUGCAACCUCAACCACAACCGCCAUCAGAGGGAGAAUUUGUUGGCCGUGGACGACAAAGAGGAGCUCCUAUUGUUCCACAAGGACAUGAUAUUUCAGUUGGUUUUCAGGAACUGUCAUUAGCAGAUAGGGGUGGACGUCGCAGAGAUUUCUAUGACCUUGGGGUAAAUACUCGGCAAGCCAUAGAACAUGUUAAAGAGUCAAAAACAGGUACUUCAGGUACCACAAUAAGAUUAAGUACGAACUAUUUUCGGUUGACGUCUCGUCCACAAUGGGCUUUAUAUCAAUACCAUAUUGAUUAUAAUCCUCAGAUGGAAGCUCGGCGUCUUCGCUCAGCUUUACUCUUUCAGCAUGAAGAAAUUAUUGGGAGGACACAUGCGUUUGAUGGAACAAUAUUAUUCUUACCAAAAAAACUAGAAAAUAAGGUUACUGAAGUGUUCAGUCAGACCCGAAAUGGAGAGAAUGUUAAGAUUACUAUCACCUUGACCAAUGAGCUACCACCUACUUCACCUACAUGCUUGCAGUUUUACAACAUUAUUUUUAGAAGGCUUCUGAAAAUAAUGAACUUGCAGCAAAUUGGACGUAAUUAUUACAAUCCAAAUGACCCAAUCAGCGUUCCCAAUCACAGGUUGAUGAUUUGGCCAGGCUUCACUACUUCUAUUCUCCAGUAUGAAACAAACAUCAUGUUGUGUACGGAUGUGAGCCAUAAAGUUCUCCGCAGUGAAACUGUGUGGGAUUUUAUGUACAACCUGUAUAAGCAGGUUGAAGAACAAAGAUUUAGAGAAACUUGUGCUAAGGAACUGAUAGGGCUAAUUGUUCUUACAAAGUAUAACAACAAAACAUACAGAGUUGAUGAUAUUGACUGGGAUUCCAAUCCAAAAUGCACCUUUAAGAAAGCAGACGGUUCUGAAAUCAGCUUUGUAGACUACUACAAAAUGCAAUAUAACCAAGAAAUCACUGACUUGAAUCAACCAGUUUUGGUCAGUCAGCCUAAGAGGAGGAGAGGGCCAGGAAUGCCAGGACCUGCAGUACUCAUUCCUGAACUGUGCUACCUCACAGGAUUGACUGAUAAGAUGCGUAACGAUUUUAAUGUAAUGAAAGACUUGGCUGUUCAUACAAGACUGACACCUGAGCAAAGACAGUGUGAAGUUGGAAGACUCAUUGAUUACAUUCACAAGGAUGAUAAUGUUCAGAAGGAACUUCGUGACUGGGGUUUGGGUUUUGAUUCCAAUUUACUAUCCUUUACGGCAAGAGUUGUUCAAGCAGAAAAAAUUCAUCAAGCAGGAAAAGUGUUUGACUACAAUCCUCAAUUUGCAGACUGGUCAAAAGAAACUAGGGGAGCUCCCUUAAUUAGUGUAAAACCACUGGAUAACUGGUUAUUAAUAUACACACGGCGCAAUUAUGAUGCUGCCAAUGCAUUAGUUCAAAAUCUAUUUAAAGUCACACCAGCCAUGGGCAUCCAAAUGAACAAUGCAAUUAUGAUUGAAGUAGAUGAUAGAACAGAAGCUUAUUUGAGGGUCUUGCAACAAAAGGUUACCUCUGACACACAGAUAGUAGUUUGCAUUCUAUCCAGUAAUCGUAAAGAUAAGUAUGAUGCUAUCAAGAAAUACUUAUGUACCGAUUGCCCGACUCCAAGUCAGUGUGUGAUAGCUCGCACUCUAAGCAAGCCACAAACUGUAAUGGCUAUAGCAACGAAAAUUGCUUUACAAAUGAACUGCAAGAUGGGUGGAGAGCUCUGGAGUGUUGAAAUCCCAUUGAAACAAGUUAUGAUUGUGGGAAUUGACUGUUAUCAUGACACUACAGCUGGGCGGCGAUCAAUUGGAGGAUUUGUUGCUAGCCUGAAUCAGGGAAUGACACGGUGGUUCUCUCGCUGUGUCUUCCAAGAUCGUGGACAAGAACUUGUGGAUGGACUCAAGGUCUGCUUGCAAGCUGCUUUAAGAUCCUGGUUCAGCUGCAAUAAUCAUAUGCCGUCUCGCGUUAUCGUGUAUCGUGAUGGUGUAGGAGAUGGUCAGCUAAAAACCUUGGUUAACUAUGAAGUACCCCAGUUUUUGGAUUGCUUGAAAUCUGUUGGUAAAGAUUACAACCCAAGACUUACAGUAAUAGUGGUGAAGAAACGAGUGAAUACUAGGUUCUUUGCACAGGCUCGUGGAAGACUUCAGAAUCCACCCCCUGGCACAGUUAUUGAUGUAGAGGUUACCCGGCCAGAAUGGUAUGAUUUUUUUAUUGUGAGUCAGGCUGUGAGAAGUGGUAGUGUUUCACCAACCCACUACAAUGUAAUCUAUGACAACAGUGCAUUGAAACCAGAUCAUAUGCAACGUUUAACUUACAAGCUCUGCCACAUGUACUAUAACUGGCCAGGUGUUAUCAGAGUGCCUGCACCUUGCCAAUAUGCCCAUAAACUGGCUUUUCUUGUGGGUCAGAGCAUUCACAGAGAACCGAAUCUGUCACUCUCAGACCGUUUAUACUACCUUUGA